AUGGAGAGUGAAUUGAGUUCAAUGAAAUGUUUGCAUCCAAACGAAGGCAAUGAUCAGAAUUUAGAAAAUAUUCAUCACAGAGAAGAACAUUGCAGUGAUUUGGAGACAUCGACUCGUUUGAAAAGAGACAUUAAUGAUGAAAACCUAUACGACGCCGACAUCUCUGACAAUAUAAAUAAUGGUAUUGAAAGUGACAACGAAGACAAUUUAAGAAGCGAAUCGCCAGAACUAUUGGCUACGAAUAAAGACACUCAACGGGCGCCGAAACGAAAUCUAUUAAACUACAUGAGCCGAGCAUUGAGAGCGUCGAUACCAAUUCAAGCCCUAAUGUUCAUACUAUUAGGCGCCGCAUCGCUGGUGCCCACCGUUGACGAGGACUACAGCUGUCAACUUAUGAACAAUUUGUUGCAUUCAUUUCAACCGAUGCUCGACUACCCCAACGGUCCGCCACCCGUCUGACCAUAUCAUGGCCUUACAGUCAACUCUCACAAUAUAGUCAUAUAUAGAGUACAAUCGGCUCUUUAGUACUAAUCAUGCAAUCCUUACAGUGCUUACAGUUUAGCUGUGAUUUGAUAUUUAACUUAUAUUAUAAUUAUAUU